UCUGGAUCCACCGCGCACAACCUACAACAAUUACUGACAAUUACAGGAGCCCCUUUUUUCUUUUUUCGGAAGAGAAUUCUUCAUCAUGGGCGACAAAAAGAGCCCUACCAGGCCAAAAAGACAAGCAAAACCGACGGCUGACGACGGCUACUGGGACUGUAGCGUCUGCACCUUCAGGAAUACUGCCGAGGCUUUCAAAUGCAACAUCUGCGAUGUAAGGAAGGGCACAUCCACAAGGAAACCCAGGAUCAACUCCCAGCUGGUGGCCCAGCAGGUGGCUCAGCAGUACCCCAUGCCUCCCCCACCCAAGAAAGAACGGAGGGAGAGGAGCGAGCGCUCUGACAAGGAACGCCCAGAUGGGGAGGGUGAGCGUGCUGAUGGAGAGGGACGUCCUGAAUGCGAGCGUCCAGAGAGAGUGAGGCCAGAGGUAGAGACCCCAGACAAGGACAAGAGUGAGAAGGAGCAGCCAAUCCAAGACAAACCUGACAGAGAGAAGGACAUCAGCCCAGCCAUCACCAAGAAGCCCAGCAGCAAAAAGACCAGACCCAAAUCAGACAACCAUCAGAGUCCACCCAGUGACAAACACAGCAUACAGUCUGGAAAAUCAGCAACCAAGACCAACAGGACCUCUCACAUCUCCAGGCCCAAACUGAAGAACAUUGACCGGAGCACUGCCCAACAGCUGGCCAUCACUGUGGGGAACGUGACGGUGAUCAUAACAGACUUUAAGGAGAAGACCCGCUCCUCUUCCACAUCCUCGUCCACCAUCACGUCCAGCGCGGGCUCUGAACAGCAGCACCAGAGCUCUGGCUCCGAGAGCAUGGACAAGGGCUCAUCUCGUGCCUCCACCCCAAAAGGGGAUCUCUCUGUGGGGCAUGACGAGUCAUUCUGAGGCCCCCUCCUCCUGCUCUUCUCCCCCCCCUCCCCUAUCCCACGUUUCUGGACACAAUGGAUCCCUUAGGGGGAGAGAUCUCACCUUUCCUAUCGCUGCCCUGCCUCCAUUCCAUAACCACCCCUGGAUGCUGAGAGGAGCUGGCUGGCUGAGAGGAACAGUAGGGUGUGCCUGUCAUGAAAGAUGUACCCCCUGACUGGAGAAUUUCUGCCUAUGGCACAGGCAAGGAGAGUGGGGCUUAUGGGAAUCACCCCAACCCACCCCACCCCGUGGUAGCAUCCAGACACUUGUAUGUAUUGUUUUAUAUUUGUAUGUGGAUGUGAGGCCAAGUCAACUUUUUUUUUUUUUUUUUUGUAAAGAAGAAUUCUCCGCUGUGCACAAUAACCACGAUCAUUUUAAUAAAUUUGAACCAUUAUUACCCUUAUUUAUUACCUGUUGCACCCGUAUACGUUGGUAUCCCCCCUCUUUUUUUUUUGUGAAGCUUUGCUACGUAGCUCUACCGCUCAACCGUUCCUUCAGUGUUUUUAACAGUUGGAAAUGAUAGGACAAGUCUUGAGUCAGUCACACACAUAUAUGCUUACACUCAGACUCACACGCACACCCACACACACACACACGCACGCACACAUACACACACACUGGUGCUAGAUACACUGUGAAGCGGUUUUUCAGAUGCGGGAUUGCCAUUCACUCUCAAGGUGACAAAGUGUUUUUGACUCAGAAACUCAUUCACUUUUCUACUCAACACUGUCUCACUCUGAACACUGUAGGGGCCUCCACUGGUUCUUUCUAAUGAAUAUGUACAGGUCAAUGUGCAUCAUAAGAAGAAGGUCAUAGCAAGUUCAAACACCUAACCUUUUCAACUAGAUUGUCAAUGAUUUAGUAUGCUAUAGCAUAUCUCUUAUACAGUAUCUCAUUGUCCUUAACUGUAUAGUGUAGGCAGAUGUGUAAAACACUAAAAGCUGUUAAUAUUUUCUGCAUUCCAUUCUUCAAUAUGGAAUGUUUGCCGACUGAGAGGAGAGUUGUCCCGUAGUCUCUGGAGCCAGGUUUGUUUGUUGUGAACGAAGGAUUCAGUUCCACUUGAUAAGAUCACGAUGGACUGUACAGACUUUACUCCCCACUUGUCACCAUCAAGCUGUUGUGAAUUCUAUUUGCUUUUUAUUUAAUACACGUGUGUGUGUAUAUAUAUAUAUAUAUCAAUACAGAUGCAAGAAAAAAAGUUUUAUUACGUAGCAGUACAGGCCUGUUUUGUGCGUCGCGCACUUGUUGAAUCACAUUAGCAGCUGAUGAGUACUCGAAACAGGCCUGUACUGCUAUGUAAUAAAACUUUUCUUUCCUGCAUCUGUAUUGAUAUUCCGCUCCUCAUUAGUUGUGAGCACUUAUAACAACACCAUUGACAGUUUUGGAAAAAAAGCGCUAUAUAUAUAUAUAUAUAGUGGUCUACAAGACAACAUUGAUUUCCGUUUUUUCUACAUUGUUUCCCAGACACCUAAACUGGUUAUUAAGACUGACAAUUCAGCGGACUUGAAUAAUAAAGACUCCCAAUAUGUCAUUGAAGGCAAAAGUAUGCAUUUGCAGUAGUGGAUAGACCGUGACUGCUCUUUUGAGUUUUCGACACAGCAAGACUCAUUUUAAAGGUUUCAAUUCACUUUCACAUUAGCUGAUUUUAGACCAAUAAUAAUUUCCUUUUAACUGUAUGAACCUGUAUAAAGAAUAAAUGUGUAUAUGAUAUCUUAGUUUUAUUUAUUGAUGGACCAAAGGAAUUUCAUAAUGACAUGAUACAUAGAUGAAUAACAAUUUGAAAUGCAAUUAUCAAAUGUGUGAGAUGAAAUACAGUUUAAAUAAAGACUAAUAUAAUCCAUUUAAAUGGUGUUCUUAUUGUCCACUCCUCUCUGUGUACAGCUAAAUCAGAACAGAGAACAGCGUACUGUGAGCCGAGUUGAACACUACCACUUUGUCAUUCGACGGUAAAUUGUGCCUCGUCCGUGCAGACGGCGAGGAAUGCGCUCUAUAAUGGGCUGGCAGCCGAGUUGGUCUUCUGGUUCUUACCAGCUUUUGGUGAAGGCCCUUACCCUCAGCCUCUGUAAACCCCGGCUGCUUUACUGGACCACCAGAGAACAUGUAGUUGCUGGUGCAGGGGCCCAGCUGGCCCAAGCUCGCCCCUUCAGUCACUCCCCGAGCAAUUUGCAGCAGGUUAGCUAAGGUGAACAUGUCCCUCAAACCCGGUGUCCUGCCAGAGGCAUGGGACACACAAUUUGCCAGGUGUUGAGCAAAAGAUUUACUGUUUCGCACAUGGGGAUGAUAAUCGU